GAAAUGUUCGCAUGCUGUUUGACUGGUUGCCUACACGGACGAGAAUUUGACGAACACCACGCCUGUAGCAUAGGCAACCAAGCUUAUACUGUAAAACAUUUUUUCAUAAAAAAAUUGAACCAAGAUUUUUUGUGUAAAUGCAGUAGUUUACAUUAUUCGUAAAACAAAUCAAUGGUGAUUAUUAAAUGCAUGAUGCGUAUUUCACACAGACGCAGAACAAAUGUUUAGGAUCUUAACCCCAACACCGUGGAACAAAAGUCAAUGAACGCCAGAUUCUGUGCAUAUUAUUCUAUGGUUUCCGUAAAUGUGUGCAUCCUUAGGAUUAGAGAAAGAUGGCAAUACGUGCUUACAUGGAUACAGAAAAAGAGAGAAGUAGUGUGAGAACCUGGGAAAAUCAAACAAUAGGGCAUUAGACACUUGUGCAUAGUGCAUGAUCAAUUCUACAGAAACGGUCAUAUCUAUGAUCUGUUCUUUACUUUUUGUAUCAGUUCUGUCAACACUGCAGUCUUAAGUGAGACGAGCAGCUAAAACUUGGCAAAAAUGGUAGUAAAAUGGAAUUUAGAAACUUUGAAAAGCUGGUGAAUGUUUGAUUGAUGAUUGUUCAACCGUUUAAAGGUCUGAUGAAAUGGGAUUUUGCACGAGAAGGUACUUUUUUCUAUCAAUAUGUCUUCUACAAAUGGUAUCAGUAGUGGAAAGGCAAAUAUUUGAUUUCCUUGGUUACCUAUGGAUUCCAAUUCUCAUAAAUUUCUUUGAGAUAAUAUUUAUUAUUUUUGGUUUCUUUGGAGCAUAUCAAUAUCGACCAAAAUACAUUAUUGCGUACCUGUUAUGGCAUAUAUUUUGGUUGGGAUGGAACAUAUUUUUGAUAUGUCUAUAUUUAAAUGUCGCAGGACUAGACCACGAGAAGAACAAAGUGCUCAAAUUAGACCUAAAUAGUGACAGCUGGUGGAAGAAGGAAGGACCAGGAUGUAAAGUGAAAGAUAUUGAUGCCAUUCCAGUAGAAUAUGAAGGAUGUUUAAUAGACUACGUACAUGUUGAAAUUGUACAAGCUGUAAUCCAAUCAUUUUUUGCUCUCCUGAAUACUAUAAUGGGCAUCUGGCUGAGUAGGAUAUUUCUAGAGGAAGAUGAUACUUUUAAUUUCGAGAAGCCGGAUGGUCCUGAUAAUAUCCUCUUACAUCCAAUGUAUGUGAAUCCAAACGAUAACUUGCAAUCUUCUAACAGAUUCAUCAACUUAGCACCUAACAAAUACGUUUUAUCUGAUGGUGUUAAUUCAAAAUUGACUCAUCUCCGUGUUGAUGCUAUAAGAUACCCACAACGGAGCAAUUCUUUCAAUUCUAUUAACAAGAUUGCUAGCAAAGGGUCGAUAAGACCAAAGUCUGUGUGUACAGAUGAUUACUAUUGCUGACUUUUUUGCUGCUAGUUUAGAUAUUUUCUAGUCAUUUAUAGGUUGACGUUUGUUUAUAUAUUGCCAGUCUUUUUUCUAAUUAGGUGCUUUUAACGGUGACUUGCAUAAGUGUACAGAUAUGUGUUGUCGAUUUGACAAACCAGAUAUUACGUAUAUGUAUAUCUGGUAACCAUGGUAAACAUUUUUUAUCCCACAAGCUUUCAAAGCAAACGCGAAAUGCUCGGCAUUGAAAAAGGGUUAUGAUUCCGUUGACUUCAGUAUAUGUUAUCAAGUAUCAAAAUGGAUGUGAGUUUUGUUGUGUUGAUCGUACGCCACUGCCAGCGCAGCAUGUCUUUGUAUACGUUGCGCGGAUCUCAGCAUACUCAAAGGCACACCGCGUUCACAGUGACGUACGAUAACUCUCAACCAUUUUGAUAUUCGAUUAUAGUAGGAGCUGAGGUAAUUAGAGAUUGCUUAUCUUCUAUUCUUUAGAUAGGACGUAUCUACAUUGACAGGUGGGAUAACAGAUUGUUAGAAUUAUAGCGGACUUUUGCAGGGUUAUGGUCAAAUCGACAAUUUUUAAUGAGUUCCUUACUUCUUAUUCGCUCUAGAUUUGCUUUUGCAUGUAUAUAAAUACUUAGCAUGAUUGUAUUUUUACUUAACGAAAAUUAAACUUUAUAUGUA